UUUUUUUUUUAGUUCCCAUGGAAGUAAUAAGAACUUUAUAGUUGGGUUGAAAAAAAUGUUUUGGCUCCUUUAAGAAAUUUGAAUUGAAUUUUUUUUGUAGAAUAUUAAAAGUAUCCGGAUAAUAUCUUCCUUUUGUGACACUUUCUCUUCUUCUUCUUUUUCAAAGGUGAAUUCAUCCUUUGAAGAUCUGCUUCAUUUACACAAAAAUUACCUCGUUGAGAUAUACAUCAAUCGCUCAAUGAAUUUUCAUUAAAAUUAUAAUAACAAUAAUUUCUAAUUAAAUUAUCUCUUAAAUAGCACUCAUCGAGGAUGUUUCCAAGGAUGUAUCCACUAUUAUCAGAUUAUACUUCGCUUGCGAAAUAAAUAUUUUGCUCGAACAAAUUAUUAAAUUGCGAGACAGUAAGGACAGUGAGUAACAAUUGUUGUCCGAGUAUUGGUAGAGCGAUUAAAACGAAAAAAAAUUUCAUCUCAUCGUGCAAAAUAUGAAAAAGAAAAAAAAAAAAUUAUGCGACCAAAUAUGCUUUUCAAUGUUUAAGAAAAAGAAAAAAAUGUAAAAAAAAAAAAAAAAAGAAUUCCAACAUUUCACGAACGCGUCAAUCCAUUAUAAAUCGACAUCGCGUGACAUUGAAUGAUACCAGAGCUCUUUAUUUCCAACGAAUAUCUCGAGUUGCUGUUUUGACAGUCGGAAAUAUCGGCGAUUUUCGGCACGACCGAUUUUACGACACGGUCGUAACGUUAGAUCGACCGUAUUAUAUAAGUUUAAAAGGAAAAAAAUGCAGUUGUGGCGUGGUAAGUUCUUUUCAUUUUUUUUUUUUUUUUUUUCGAGAAACAACUUUCUUUCAGAAAGACAUGUCUCGUCUUAUUCUCCUUCCAUUCCUUUUUUUGGCAAUUUUCUCCGUGUUGGUUGGAGGAUUUGUUGGGAGACGGAAAUGCAAACAAGAUGAGAUCUUCACUGGAUGCGGUGCACUGUGCCAACCUACUUGCGCCAAACCUGUUUAUAAAGGCCAUUGCGUCAAGAUAUGCGUACCAGGAUGUUUGUGUCCAUUCGGCAAAGUUAGGAAUACAAAUGGAAAAUGCGUUCCAUUAUCUAAAUGUUUUCGAAAAGGAUGACUUUUAUUAUUCCAU